CGUUGCAGCAUGGCAUACAAAAUUCGUUAUAGAUAAUUAAACAGAACAAUCCUGUGAAAGCUUUAGACACUAGUCAAGUGAUUUAAUGACUUCUGUGAGAAUCGAAUCGUUUCCAGAAAAUUCAGUAAUAAAGAUAUUGAGAAGCCAAAUUUCUAAAAAAUGCGACGAAACUACUCCACUUCUUCACUCAAAGGAUCAAGACUUUCAUCAAGUUUAUGUAAAUGGAGAUGACGGUUUCAGCAAUGCAUCUUCAACAGAUGAAAAAGAACUUGGAUCAUCUUGUGAUACUAGAUACUACUUAAAUAUAUGUAAAUUAGUUGUGUUGUGUGCAUCUGUUCUGUUUGCUGUUGUAGCUUUAAGUUUCAUCGAAGAAAAGUCUAAAUCAUGGACGAACAUUGCCAUUAAAAAUGAUCAUCCAGUACAUAUCAAUUUGUCUGAAAAACUCGAUUCUAAAAACCCCAUUCUUCACGUUUCGGCAAUGGGUCCAUUUCUUCCAGAAAAAUAUUUAAAUUUCAGCCAAAAUCGUAUAUAUUUCAAAAUCAUGGAGGUGACUCCGAGUGGUCUUCACGAGACGUCUCAACCCACGUGGGUGAUACCAGCAUCACCGGCAUAUCUCGUGAAUGAUAUUGAAUCGACUCUUGAAGAACGGAGCUUCAAUCUCCUCCUCGAAGAAGAACUCGAAGGGAGUUUUUAUCAACUUAUCAUCGGUACGGAAGAAAACAACGAUUACAUCUUUAUUGCGGUAUCAUUAUCAUAUCAACCCCCCAUAGCCUUAGACAGUAUCAUCAUGGCCGGCUGCGUUUUAGUAGGGUUAUAUAUUCUCAUAAUAUUCGAGUUGGUGCAUAGAACUCUGGCAGCCAUCAUCGGAGCAACGGUAGCUAUCGGAUUUUUAUCUGUAAUUGGAGAACGUCCAAGUUUACUUGAAGUGAUAAGUUGGCUGGAUGUGGAAACUUUAAGCUUACUCUUUGGCAUGAUGAUUAUGGUAGCCAUUUUCUGCGAAACUGGAUUUUUCGACUAUUUCGCCAUUCUGGCAUUUCGUUUAGCACGAGGGCGUGCUUUACCACUACUAACAGCUCUAUGCCUGUUUACGUUAGUCAUGUCUGCAUUUUUAGAUAAUGUUACCACUAUUCUUCUUAUAACAGCUGUUACUAUAAGACUCUGUGAAGUAUUAAAUGUGGAUCCUAAACACUUUCUUAUUGCUAUGAUCAUCUUCUCCAACAUCGGUGGUGCUUCAACACCCGUGGGUGAUCCUCCAAAUGUAAUCAUCAUUAAUAAUCCUAAGAUUAAAGAAACAGGAUUGGACUUCUCGAGUUUUAUUCUUCAUGCCUUUCCGAAUGUUUUACUGUGCACGCUUUGCACCUACUUAUUUCUCAAGGUAAUGUAUCGUAAUCAAUCUUCUAUGCAAUUUGAAGAACCACCGGAGGUUGUAGAGCUCAAACACGAAAUAAAUGUUUGGAAGAAGGCUCGAAACUCGUUGUCAGGUUAUUCUCGAGACGAAAUGACAGUCAAGGCUCUUUUAAAAAAGAAAAUUCAAUUACUGAAAACCUUAUUACGUAAAAAAUUAUAUGAUGCCAGGCCUUCGGAUGAUAAUUAUUUAGCUAAUCUGGAAGAACUGAGCAGUAAAUACAAGAUAAGAAAUAAAGUUCUACUGGCGAAAAGUAGUAUAGUUUUGAUAACAGUCAUCAUCCUUUUCUUCUUACAAAGCGUACCCAGUUUAAAUCUGAGCUUAGGUUGGAUCGCACUUCUUGGAGCUAUCAUGUUAUUGAUUCUUGCUGAUUUUGACGAGAUAGAAAGCGUUCUAGGACGAGUCGAAUGGUCGACUCUUCUAUUUUUUGCUGCCCUUUUUGUAGUUAUGGAGGCAUUGACGAAAUUAAGAUUAAUCUGGUUUAUCGGCCAAAUGACUCAAGAUUUCAUCAGUUCUGUAGACGAAAACCAACGAUUACUCGUUGCUAUUGUGGUCAUAUUAUGGGUUUCAGCACUUGCAUCCAGUUUCAUUGACAAUAUCCCUUUCACUACAGCAAUGGUACAAAUCAUAACCGAUUUAUCCGAUAACGACGAAUUGGAUCUUCCAUUGAUACCAUUAGUUUAUGCGCUUUCUUUUGGAGCCUGUUUGGGAGGAAACGGUACAUUAAUUGGCGCUUCUGCCAACGUAGUAUGUGCAGGUCUUUCAGAGCAACAUGGCUACCGUUUCACUUUCAUGGAUUUCUUUAAAAUUGGUUUUCCAGUUAUGCUCAUAACGACUGUCGUUUCCAAUUUAUAUCUCAUGGUGUGCCACGUGUUUCUGCAAUGGAACGAAUGAAUCUACUUCUGUACAUAAUAUGCUUUCAUAUAUAAAAUACAACACAUAUUUAAUUAAUAAAUUAAUUAAUUUACACUCCUUUUUUUAAAAAAACGACUUUAAAAACAAAGUAAUUCAACUUAUAAUUAAGAGUACUUCUGACUCAAGAGUUCGUCCUUCACACACUUUAAUGGCGUCGAAGAAAUUAACAAAGGUCAUUGUUCAGUUUCCACAUCCAAAAACAUAAUUACUGAUAAAUUAUAAUCAAGUUUUAGUCCUUCAAAGUAUUUUUCUUAUGAUUUUUAAACUUAAUUACUAAAUUUCCUGACGUAUUCUUUAAAUUACAAGAUGGUUCCGUUCGAAAAAAAACAAAGAAAAAUGGCAGUUUCUCGCUCCUUAAUUAAACAUCUCGCAUCUUUCCAUUAAUUAAAAAAGAAAAAUUAAUAGUUGAACCACUUAAAAACUUGGCAAUUUUUUAAGUGGUCGGUUCUAAAAUUAGUACACAGCCCUAAUUUAAGCCAGUAAAGGAUAUUUAAAGAGAACGUACAAAAAGUUUCUCCCUAUGAUCUACACUCUUCUACACUCUUCUAUGAAAAAAAUAAGUAGUGUUGUUCAUUAUUUUAACCCCUAAAGUUCAUUGAAUAAAAGAGCAUUUACUCUAAACCUUGAAUGAAAGCGGUUAACCUUUGGCUUUAAUUCAAAUAAUAAAUCUCCUGUAUAUACAAAACUAAACACGUAUAAAGCGUAGUAAAUAGGUCACAAUAUUUUUUCAGGAUCAAAUUAUAUUUAUAGAAAACCAUUUGUGUAACAAAAUAUACGUUUUGUUUUCAGCUUUGUAUUGUUUUCUUUUAUUUGGGUGUUUAUUUUGUGCAUUAAUCACACAUGUUUUGUACGUUUCUUGUACUGUA